AUGUCCUAUCUGUGUGGGCAGUUUGAUACGAUUGUGCAGAAGUUCUUCCAAAGCGAUGCGCCCGCGUCGGCCCCGGUGAUCACGACGCCCCUGACGGAUUUGUUAGCCGGUUCUUUCGGGGAAGGAACUCACGACCGCAGCACCCCUGGCAGUUCUGCGAUUCGCGGGAACCCCCCUAAUCGUCAUCGUUACCCCUCCCGGGAGGCCGCGAAUCGUCUUCACGGGGGGUGUCGGGAAUCCUUCCCAGUGGGACACCACAACCCCCCUUCUCCUGCGAUGAUCAACGUCACCCAAACCGCCACAGGGUUAUCCGGUGGGGGCCCUUGCAAAGACCCCCCGCUUCCCGUGAAUUUCGACUCCUUCGGCAAAAGCGCCGACCUCGCGGCGGGGCCAAUGGAAUCGAUCCCCGCCGCCCUCCCUUCUCUGUCUUCGCUCCUCCCGGGCGAGGACGCGCGGGUGAGCCCGGAGAAGGCCUCCGAGGAGGAUUUUUUACUCCCCCCGUUGUUGGCGUACUUCCGCAGCCCCCUCGCGUUGUAUAGCGGGGCCCGGACGAAUCAGCUGCAGCGCGAUCACGCCGCCGGGGGGGUGCGCGUGGUCGCCCUCCCCGCCUCCUGCGGGCCGCUGGUCGCGCAGUACCUCCCAUUAACCCCUCGUCGCGCGCGGAAGAUGAUGAACGAUUGGGUGUUGAACGUCCGGUUGUGUUAA